AUGCCGCGAGCAAAAUCAAGUCGUCUGGUGCCCGGUCCUCCCGCCCAGCAGCAAGAAGGACGUGUAACGCGGUCGCGCCAGCGCGCCCCAAGAACACAGCCAUCACCACCACUUCCCCAAUUGCAACGCGUCAAGCAGUCCAAUGAUGGAGAAGAACCUGCGGAAUCUACCAAUGGACGUACAGGGAAAGAGGCUUCCGAGCCAGUGUCUUCUUAUGACCCGCCAGCUCGACGUGCUGCUCCCAUGGUCGGGGAUCGUGCGCAAAGCAUAAACCUGGAUAACAUCCAGCCCAGCAUUGCGGCCAACAGUGAUUAUGACGCCUACUCUCAGUCGAAUGUAGAUGAUGAGGAAGAUGAGCCUUCAAACGUGCGGCAUGCGUCGUCAGCAGGCGAUGAGAGCGAAGAGGGUAUCGUCGAUCCAAUUCAGCUCGACAACGAGGCUAUCGAGUUACAGACUCUUGUCUUGCGAGACAUCAAUCAGGCCUCGCAGGCUCUGAUCGACCAGAUUUUUAGAGACCAGAAACCCAGAUAUGAGGUGUGGAAACGACUGAUCGCCGUCCACCGCAAGCCGUUCACCGAGUUCCGCCGCAUGUACGUCGAUGAGAGCGUGCCAUUGAUCGAUAUACAGGACUCAGCCGAUCGUCUAGGCAAGGACGUUCAGAAGCAGGCGCAAGCCAUAUUCGCAUCCGUGAAUCUGGCGAGUUUGCUUGACGAGAUCUGCGGCCUCUCCCUCGACCCAACAGCAGUUCUCCAGCGCCUGGACCAGGACUUUCCUGCCCCUUUCAUGCCCUUUUUCCACGAGAUGAUCGACGAAGGUGUGGAAUGGAAUGUCGACGGUAAAAUCGUCAGACUGGCGCUCAGCAUUCGCACCCAACGCCUGAUUUGCGCCAUUGAAAACAGGCAAGAUUUCGAUAUUGAGCGCGCUGUUGCAGCUAUAUUCUCUAAAGAUGAUGAUGCUCAGGAGCCGGACGAACUCCUUACCCCGGAGAACAUGGCAGGCAUAUGUUGUCUCAAACAACCUCUAGAAAAUGCCAUCGCUACUGCUUGUUACGAUAGGGUCAAAGACAUCCUCGAGACGGCACGUCAAGCGAGAAGCACUGCGGACAUCAUACCACAUCUCAAAGAAAGGUUUCCCCCACAGGGCUGGGUUUCAGACCAGAUCGACUGGGCAUACGAGCAGUUUCAGGAAGUGCAGCGAACCAUCCAGGACGACCUGCACGCCGCAGCGAGCAACCGCGAAGCGUCGAGAUCUGUCGCUGGCUCACAGGGCUCACAAGCCUUUUCUCAGGCCUCGCAACAAGUUAUACGCCCUCGGACAUCCGGACAACAGCUCCCCAUCACCAACAGCGCCGUUGCCCGAUUGAUGCAGCUUGGGGAAGCUGCUGGUGUGUCACAAGAUGCCUAUGGGCCUGCAUCCUUUGGCAACGCUUAUGACGGCCCGCGAUCUCCGCAGUAUGGCCGGAACAGUCCCCUCAAUGUACCUGGCUCACCGGCCUCGACAACAAGCGACAUGUAUGAAGACGCCAUCCUCAGACAGCUUCCCUCUUCAAGCCGGCAGACAUCCUCUCAGGCGCGCGUUGUGGGCUCGCAGACCCAACUACCUGCCGCCUCCAGCUUCCGGUCAGCCAACAGCAACAACGACGGUAACAGGAAGCGAGCACGGGCCCAGGAUGAAGAUGUCUUUGAGACUGAUGAUGUGGACGACGACUUUGAGCAAGACGAACGAGAGCCCGAUGAGCGCCGACGCGCCGAAGACCGACGUGCCAUGCCCCCGCCACCGUCGAAACGCUCGCGUCAUGACACGCUGCCCUCGUCAGCCACUCUCGUCGGCUCCUCCGCUCCCCUGCCGAGGCGUCACGCCGUCCCAGAUCACAGCCGAGCCUUCGAUCAGCGGGAUCCCGAAAAUCCGAAUGACGAAGAUGGACGCAGCCACACUGCUUCCUCCUUUUCGAGCUCCGCCAUCCACGCCGACUACCGCGACAUCCAGAAGCGCAACCGCAACAGCACCCCCACGACCCCACGCGUCCAGCACCGCGUCCCUUGGUCCAACCGUGACGUCAGCAAGCUCAUCGACCUCAUCGCCACGCUGGGAUGCAACUGGAGCCUGAUCGAACAAGGGGCGAAUCCGCGCACCGGGCAAAGCACCAAAGACGAGGAGCCCACGACGUAUGACCCGGAAAGGCACUUCGAAGACCGCCGAGGCCAGCAGGCGAUUCGGGACAAGGCGCGCAACCUCAAAGUGGACUUCCUCAAAGCGGACAUCGUCUUACCACCCGGCUUCGACAGGGUCCUCCUCGGCACGAAGGAGGUGAAGGCGCUCACGGGCCGUGGCAAGAACCCACACCGGCGCGAGCGCGAUAUCGACGCGGACGGAAACCCCACCAACACGGAGUACUACGAGGACUAA